GCGCUUGGUGAGUCAUCCGAUUUGCGCAAGCUUGCAAUGCUGUGAGCCAUCCAUGGAGAGCGACGAGCUCUGCAGAGCAGCGGAGAACUAUCUUGAGCACCACGAGAGUCAGGCGGAGGCUGUCUCGGAGAUCUCCAUCACCUUGUGCUUGCUCUCGGGCAAGCAGGUGGAGAUCAGCCUGGCACAGGAUGCCUCCUUCGCGGACUUGCGGCGCUCCGUGGAGAAGACUCUGGCGCUGCCGCCCCAGCUGGUCCGAUUCUUCCUGGCCGAGGCGGAGCUGACGGCGCGCUACGACGUCAAGCUGUCGGAUGGUGGAGUUGUGGAUGGCUCUUUACUCACCUUGGUGACCUCCGGGGAAGAGUACGAGGAAGUCCACUUGGAGAGCUACGGCCCCCAGAUGGUGCCCAAGCGCCUUGAGAUGAUUCGCGCGGACAGUGCCGGCCACGGUGCUGGCUGGACCUCCUUCGAGUUCCGGGAUUCCCGCACCGGUGACAUGGUCAGUCUCAGGUGUCAACACUUCGCACACCGUGAUCCGGUGGACCUAGCUGAUUGCCACCAAGAGAUCCUCAUCUUGCAGAAGUUCAAGCACGAGAAUCUUCUGAGGCUGAUUGACCUCCUGCCGCCCCUUGCGGCCAACAAGCACUUCCGGGAAGCGGUUUGCAUCAUCGUGGAGCACAUGGACACUACGCUUAGCUCUGUCAUAAGGAGCAAGCAGGAACUGACGCAGGAGCAUUGCCAGUACCUCUCCUACCAAAUCCUCAGGGCUCUGUGCUACAUGCACUCAGCGGGCUGUGUCCAUGGGCAGUUGCAGCCGAACUGCGUGCUGGUGAAUCGGAAUUGCCAUGUCAAGGUCUCGAAUUUCAGAGAGGUGCUGGAGCUGGGCAAAGGGCAGCCUCGGGACCACGACGCGGCGCGCUGGUACCGGGCGCCCGAGCUGAACCUCAACACGGACUGGCAAGCGCUGCCCAUCUCUGGUGCCAUCGAUAUUUGGAAUGCUGGCGCCAUCCUCUUCGAGAUGUACAAGCGCAAGCCGCUUUUCAUCUGCACCGACCUCGCCGAUCACCUCAAGAAAGUGCUCUCCGUGACAGGAUUCCCCGCAGAAGCCGAAAUGGACUGGGUGACGAAGCGCGCAAAGGAUUACAUGGCCAAGAUGCCGGCGGCGCCGGCGCCGAUCGGCUGGAAGGAGCGCAUGGGGGGCAGCGAGGCCGCCUGCGAGCUCAUGGCCCGCAUCGUGCGCUUCGACCCCCGGCAGCGAUGCAGCUGCCAGGAGGCGCUACAACUCAGGUACUUCACAGACUGGAGCGACCCGGAGGAUUCGCAGAUGGACCGCUGUGAAACGCCCAUCGAUUGGCCCGAGCUGCAGAGGAUGCGCGAAGAGGGUCAGUUUGAGAACUACCUGCGGGAGGAGUGUUCCCGACGGCACCCAGAGCUUUGCUGACACUGCUGAAGGGCGCCGAGUUGACGUCUGUCAAAGGCGACCAAACCAAAGGUUGAACUGUUUCAUCGCCCGCAAGGCAGAUGGUUGAAUGCAUGGUGGGCAACGCCGAACAAACAGAUGUGAGAAAU